CCUGGCGGUUGGGCAGUGUGGGGCCGGCGGGGGAAGUGGGAUGCCGACCGGCGCUCCUGCCGCCGGCGGGGGGGGCCGCAUCUGGAUGUCGGGGCCGCGGAGAGUCGAGGCGCCCGCAGCGGGAAGCCUUGAGGCGAGCGGCUCUCCCAAGAGGAGCGAGAGGGGAACCCUCCCUGCUCUUCCAAAGACUGAAGCUGGGGCACACCAAGGUGAAACGUUACCUGUGGGUGUCCCUGCUGUCGUCUGAGGUUUCCUGGGUACUUUCAACAAGAAUUAUUAAAGGUGCAAGGAGCAGUUAAAGGGAGAGGCUGUGCCGGCGGCACCUGCUGAGGCAGCCUCCCACGGAGCCAUGGGUUGACCGGGGCUGCUGCAGUGCCUGGCAACUAGAUUAUUCUGAGUCGUUCCAAAAAUACCCUUCAACAUGCCAGAAAAUCCUGCUGCAGAUAAACAGCAGGUGCUGCAGAUCCUUGACCGUCUCCAAGCAAAACUUCAUGAGAAAAGAGAUUCCCAACAUAAUGAAAACCUGACUGUUUUACGUAACACACUCAGGAGUCCUUUGUUUAACCAGAUACUGACCCUCCAGCAAUCCAUUAAGCAACUGAAGGAACAACUCAAUUAUAUGCCUCCUGACCGUUCAGUAGAUUUUGAUUUUACUAAGAGAGGGCUGCUAGUGUUUGCUGAUAAAUCAGUUGCUGCUGGGAGUGUGUAUACACCUUUCAGUUCACUUGAACCCAAAGCAUCUACCUUCACCUCAAACCUGGGAGUUAAUGAAUUUAACACAAUCAUCCAACAGAUGGCAAAGGGGAGACAAAUAGAAUCGAUAAAGAUUGAAAAGCCUUCUGUUGGAGGUCUUGGAUUUAGUGUGGUUGCCCUUAAAAAUCCCAGCCUGGGAGAAGUUGGUAUCUUCGUCAAGGAAGUCCAGCCAGGAAGCAUAGCUGACAGGGAUCAAAGACUGAAGGAAAAUGACCACAUACUGGCCAUUAAUUGCACCCCAUUGGAUCAGAACAUUUCCCAUCAGCACGCUAUUGCCCUCCUCCAGCAAUCCACGGGGUCUCUACAUCUGGUUGUUGCUAGGGAGCCAGUUCAAGGAAACAGCAGAACUUCGGCUGUCUUAUUAAGUGAUAUAAAUCCACCUGAGACUAUUCACUGGGGCCACGUUGAAGACGUUGAGCUGAUUAAUGACGGUUCAGGAUUAGGCUUUGGAAUUGUAGGAGGAAAGUCAAGUGGAGUAGUUGUAAGAACAAUUGUUCCUGGGGGAUUAGCAGAUCGGGAUGGGAGGCUCCGGACGGGGGAUCACAUCUUAGAGAUUGGAGGGACCAACGUGCAAGGAAUGACGAGUGAACAGGUUGCCCAAGUGCUGAGAAACUGUGGGAAUUCUGUUAGGAUGAUCGUUGCAAGAGACCCAAAGUGUGAAAUUAUGGAGACUCCACCAGCUCCUGUGAGCUGGCCAGUCAGCACGUUACCUCCCUUUCAAAGUGGAAAUGAUAUCAACCUUUUUGAGGCCUAUGAUGUUGAACUUAUAAAAAAGAAUGGGCAAAGCCUGGGGAUAACAAUUGUUGGAUAUGCUGGCACGAGUGAUGUAGAGCCUUCAGGGAUUUUUGUGAAAAAUAUAAUACCUGGUAGUGCUGCUGACCACAAUGGCCAAAUUCACGUCCAUGACAAAAUUGUUGCUGUUGAUGGAGUUAAUAUACAGGAUUACACCAACCAAGAAGUGGUAGAGGCGUUGCGUAACACAGGCCAGACUGUACGCCUUACCUUACUUAGAAGGAAACCUUCUACUAUUUCCUCAGAGAGACCUUCAUAUAGAGUUCAGCCAACUGUUCCAACCUUUGUGUCCUCUGGAGCUGUAGGGACUGAAACUGGUGUGGACACUAAGAACGAGGAACACCGAGAACAGAAAGAGAGUCUUCAAAAUGACAAGAAGCAGAGCCUGCAUAAAACAGGAAGAGUCCCAUUCCCUCCAGCACAUGAGCUGAAAUCCAAAUGGGAAAACCUGCUGGGUCCUGAAUAUGAAGUUAUGGUUGUGAAUGUGGAUAUGCCCAUUACAGAUGAUUCGGAGCUCCAGAAGUACUCAAAGUUAUUGCCCAUCCACACAUUGAGACUGGGAGUGGAGCUUGACACAUUUGAUGGACAUCAUUAUAUAUCAUCAAUUGCUUCAGAUGGUCCAGCUGCAACACUCGGUCUUCUGCAACUAGAGGAUGAACUUCUAGAGGUAAAUGGGGUUCAGCUAUAUGGAAAGUCACGCCGUGAGGCAAUCACCUUCCUGAAAGAAGUGCCACCCCCAUUUACACUGGUUUGCUGUCGGCGACUUUUUGAUGAUGGCAGCGAGUCUCUUGUGGAUGAACCCAACGUGAGAUUUUCCCCUCCAGAGCAAAAGGUGAAGCCCGAGGAAGACCUUAAUCCUGAGGAGGAAGAAGGGGAAUUAGCAUUAUGGUCUCCUGAUGUGAAGGUUAUUGAACUGGAGAAAGACAAAAAUGGUUUAGGAUUCAGCAUUUUAGACUAUCAGGAUCCCUUAGAUCCCACAAGAACAGCCAUUGUGAUCAGCUCUCUGGUGGCAGGUGGAGUAGCAGAACGUCGGGGUGAGCUUUUGCCGGGGGACCGCUUGGUGUUUGUAAAUGAGAAGUAUUUGGACAGCACCACUUUAGCAGAGGCAGUGGAAGUUCUAAAAUCUGUGCCCCCAGGUACAGUUUCUCUUGGAAUCUGCAAGCCAUUGGUGAGAGAAAGCAAAGAGGAGGAGAACAUGCACAGUCUGGAUUCCAGCAACAUUAAAACCAGCCUUGGAUCUCCAGAACCAAUAGAUAAUAUGAAUUUCUCAAUCGUGCUUGAAGCACCACAGGGAUUCAGAGAUGAAACAUCUUUUAAAGAAGAACUUGUUGAUGAACCAAGUUUGGACUUGGGAAGGUCAUUUCAGCUUUCUCAAAAUGAUGAUGACUAUGAGAAGGAGUCCUGGGAGAUGCAUGAAUUUCUGAAACCCAGAACAGAAGAAAUAGCUGAAGAACGGGAAAUGUUGGUGGAUGAUGACUAUGAAGAAGAUUCAGACUUCCUGAAAUACAAUGCAUCACGUGGACAGAUGUCAACUUCGGACAGGAACCUCGAUAUGGAACAAUGGGCAAAGCAGCUUGAGACUACUGAAAUACAAGACUUAAGAUCCAGUGUUAACUUAAGUCCAAAGCAAUCCCUGGAGUGUCCAUUCAGUAAAGAUCAUAUGUAUGAAGAAGAAGCUACUGUAAGUUCACGAUUUUCUGGAACCACAACACACAGUGGCUACCAAAAGGACAUAUUUGAUAUUGAAGCUACCCAGUCAGGAGCAAAAAACAAGAUGGAUUUAGGUACAAAACUUCGGACUAAUUCUAAAGGACCUGGGCUUGCUGUUGAUCUGGAAGCUAUUGAAAAGGAAGAACUGAAAGAGGAGGAUUAUGUUUUUUCCAAGAACUCAGAAUCUGGGAGAGUAACCACUAUAGCUCAGCCUAGAACAGCAUUGUGCAGUGAAUUACCUGAGAGAGAAGAAGGAGAAGGAGAAGAAACUCCAAACUUCAGCCACUGGGGACCACCACGAACUGUUGAGAUCUUUAGAGACCCUCAUGUGUCUCUUGGAAUCAGUAUUGUUGGUGGACAGACUGUCAUAAAGCGCCUGAAAAAUGGAGAAGAACUUAAAGGAAUCUUUAUCAAACAAGUUUUGGAAGACAGCCCAGCAGGAAGAACGAGGGCUUUAAAAACUGGAGAUAAAAUACUUGAGGUUUCUGGGAUAGAUCUGCAAAACGCCACCCACGAGGAAGCAGUAGAAGCUAUCAAGAAUGCGGGAAAUCCUGUCGUGUUUGUAGUUCAGGGUUUGGCUAACAUACCAAAAGCAGUUUCUGCUGUACAGCCUAAGGGAAUCAAAGUCAGCAAAGAUCAGAAUGCGGACAAAGAAAAUAAGAGUGAAAAGAGAAAAUACGGGCCUCCACCACCAAUGAAAUUGCCACCCCCUUACAGAGCACUUGAAAGACUGCAUGCAGAGGAAGCUGACGUGGAUGAAGAGGAGGAUGAGGAUGCUUGUGCAGAGAAAAAAAUCAGGCAAAGAUAUGCAGAUCUACCAGGAGAGUUGCACAUUAUUGAGCUUGAGAAAGACAAAAAUGGGCUUGGGCUGAGUCUUGCUGGCAACAAGGACCGGUCUCGUAUGAGCAUCUUUGUGGUUGGUAUCAAUCCAGAUGGGCCCGCAGGACGAGAUGGAAGGAUGCACAUUGGUGAUGAACUUCUAGAGAUAAACAAUCAGAUAUUGUAUGGAAGAAGUCAUCAGAAUGCUUCUGCAAUCAUUAAGACUGCCCCACCAAAGGUCAAGCUCGUUUUCAUACGAAGUGAAGAUGCAGUCAACCAGAUGGCUGUUACUCCUUUCCCGUUACCUUCCAGCGCUCACUCUUCUAUCGAGAAUCAUGGUGGCACUGAACCUGCUAGCAGCGAAGAAGACCCAAGUUUGGAAGUUGUCAUGAAAAGCUUGACUGAGGAGGAAUCCAGCAAAGCUGGUGUAAAGUUUAAAGCUGACAAACCAGUGGUGGCAGAUCAGCAGGAACGGGAGGAGCAGCUCCCAGAAAAUGUCCUCAACCAGAUCAAACAAUCCAGAUCUUCAACAAAAGUACCAGUCAGCUUACAGGAGAUACCUCUUGUGCCAGCACCUGCUUAUCUCUCUCCAGAGGCAGAAGUCACCAGCCGUAGCAUCUUUCCAACUCCAUUGCCUGUGGAUCCAGCAACAUGCCCUAUUGUUCCAGGGCAGGAGAUGACUAUCGAGAUAUCUAAGGGUCGGUCAGGCCUAGGACUCAGCAUCGUCGGAGGGAAAGACACUCCACUGGCCGCCAUAGUGAUCCAUGAAGUCUAUGAAGAAGGGGCAGCAGCCCGAGACGGCAGGCUUUGGGCUGGUGAUCAGAUUCUGGAGGUGAACGGGAUCGAUCUGCGGAAUGCCAGCCAUGAAGAAGCUAUCACUGCACUGAGACAGACACCCCAGAAGGUGCAACUGGUCAUUUAUAGAGACGAAGCACAUUACAAAGAUGAAGAAAACCUGGAGAUUUUCUAUGUAGAUAUACAAAAGAAAACUGGGCGAGGCCUAGGGCUCAGCAUAGCUGGAAAACGAAAUGGAAGUGGAGUGUUUAUCUCUGACAUUGUUAAAGGAGGAGCUGCAGACUUAGAUGGAAGAUUAAUUCAAGGAGAUCAGAUUUUAUCUGUAAAUGGAGAGGAUAUGAGAAAUGCCUCACAAGAGACUGUUGCCACUAUACUUAAGUGUGCCCAAGGCCUGGUGCAUCUCGAACUUGGGAGGCUGCGAGCUGGGUCGUGGGUGUCAUCACGGAAAACAUCUGAAAACAAUCAGGUGAGCCAACAGAGUGUCCAUAGCCACUUCCACCCUGCCUUUGCUCCGGUCCUCUCUACCUUACAGAACUUUGUCAGCACAAAAAGAUCUUCAGCAGAUGUGUCUCAGAGAAGCUCAGUAGGAGCCGAUAUGGGCCCAAGGACUGUGGAGAUAACGAGGGGACCAAAUGAUGCACUUGGCAUCAGCAUAGCAGGAGGGAAAGGAAGUCCAUUAGGAGAUAUUCCCAUCUUCAUCGCUAUGAUUCAAGCCAGUGGUGUGGCUGCACGUACCCAAAGACUCAGAGUUGGAGAUCGGAUUGUCAGUAUUAAUGGGCAACCUUUGGAUGGGCUGUCUCAUGCAGAUGCCGUUAAUCUACUAAAGAAUGCUUAUGGGAGCAUUAUCCUGCAGGUCGUGGCUGACACCAACAUCAGUGCUAUUGCUACCCAGCUGGAGAGCAUGUCUGCAGGAUGCAACCUCAACUCUUCUUCUGAGCAUCCUUCUGAAGAUCCCGAAGCACCUCAGCCUAAGAUUAUUACUUUGGAGAAAGGCUCUGAUGGACUGGGAUUUAGUAUUGUAGGGGGGUAUGGAAGUCCCCAUGGAGACCUGCCCAUUUAUGUCAAGACUAUAUUUGCCAAGGGGGCAGCGGCGGCCGACGGGAGACUGAAGCGCGGCGACCAGCUGCUGGCAGUGAACGGGGAGGCUCUGGAAGGGGUGACCCACGAGCAGGCUGUGGCUGUCCUGAAGCGCCAGAAGGGGACUGUGACGUUAACGGUGUUAUCGUGAGCCGAGACAACCAACCAUCGUCAUUGCAGAGCAUCAGCAGAGCCGUAACGGCGCCUGAGCGCUGGGUGGGAUGGAAGGCAAACCCUGGCACAACCCAGUCGCUGCUCACCCCGCUGCCAGGGAGGGGAGUGUGCAUCUCCAGCUUCAGUUAGCCUUCAUCAGCCUUCCUCACCACCCUCCCCUGCUUCUGGUGGCUUUUGAGGUUUCUCAGGACAAGUUUAAUUAAGAAACUUCAAAGAACAAUACCCAUUAUUUAUCCACGGGUUCAUCCCCACGAGCCUGAGCCCCGCUCACAGCUGCCGACCCUGGGAUCGGGUUCGCACACCAAAGAGGAUUUACAUCGUCUACUGAUCUCAUCUGAUGAGCAGGAAUAAACGCCGAGUGACUUGUCAUCUCACUCAUGAUUUACUUACGCUAAUUGUCCUUUCAAGUACGCCAGAAAACAUUAGCAAUGUAAUUAAAUUACCACUGUUCCAAAUGAUGAAAUAUCAAAUUCUCCUCUGGGAAAUUAUUUGUGCUCGGCACAGUAAGUCUGAUAGUCAAACGUGAACUUCCCAUGUUUAUCUCUUUGGGUAGGUCCAUGGAAGUUAGUCAGAGGCAAUUACUGUGAUGUGUCAAUUUGCAGCCUUUAGCAUGAAAAAUAAACUAGGGCAGAGGGAUAUUUGGGGUGGGGUUUUUUUUAGGCUUUUAAAAUGUUUGGUCUUUCUCAGAUAUUUAGGCAGCAUGAACAGCAACAACCUGUCUCCUUCUAUUCUAAUUAUGUUUUUAGAGGAGGAGCGUGCUGAUAGACACGUUGCAUACAAAGGCAGUUGCUGUGCCAAGUUGCAGCAUAAUUGUUCAUCCUGAAACUUUAAUGAAGACAAAAAGUUUGCCUCUGCAACGUGAUCCCGUAAUUCUUGCAGUGAUGGUGAGCAGUCCCUCUGCACCUUGUCUUUAAUGCUAGAUGAAGUUAAUCCAAACCAGCAAACCGCUUUCCACUUCCAAGAGUCUUCCCAGGAUCAGAUAGUGCAGGAAAAGGCUUUCACGGAUCACAGAGGAUGCUUCCCCUCCAGGGCUGCUGGAGUCUGAUUUUGGAUAAUACCAAAUAAUACGCCGUCCCCCCGGGGCUGGAGGCUGCGCCCAUCCUCCCUGGGGCAGAGCAUGCAGAAGGGGCUGCCUCAGCCCCCUCCAGUGAGUUCAGUGGCUCAGGCAAAGCCCCCAGCUAUUCUUUUGGUUGAAGCUAGGCCAGGUGAGUAUGUGUUGAAACCCUCCAGGAGUCUUCCCAAGGCCUGUCCCGCUCUGCAUGGUGGAGAUUGAGGUGCGGCAACAUUCAGCCAACACAAAGCACCUUGGUUACGUGUCACAGCCAUUCCUGCACUUGGUUAUAUGACCAUAGGUUUAAUGAUUUAACAAAUUAAUUUGGCAGGCAGAUUAAUAGCAAUUCAAGUCGUUGUGGUUUAAUCUUCCUAUCCAGAGGUGCAGUAGGGUUUUAGAGGAAGCAGCCCAGCCUGAUUUGGUGUCUUUGGUAAGAUUUGUAAGGAUGCUGUAGCUGGGAGAAAUGAAAGGGAGGUAGGGGAAUUGCAUAUCAUUUUAUGUGAAAAAUCCCUGGAAUCACGUGGCGAGAGGAUCCAAAACCUCCAGCAUAACAGCUGAGCAGUGCAAGGUUUGUGUUAAAGCUGCUGGUGUUGGGGCUGUUUUGGCUGGAGUUGAGUAUUUCCCCAUUUGAGGUAAAAGAACAGGUACUGAAACUAUACUGAAGCAGGCAAACUGUGACUGGCUCUGCUUGAAAGGAUUUCCCUUAUUUCAUGGAAGAGUUUUCUUUAGGUAAUCACAAAGUGCUUUUAGUCUGCAGGGACAAUGAGCGUUCCAUUAACGUGCCUGGAGGAGACUUCACGCUCUCAGUGGGUUCCCACUGUACAGUUUGGUUUGCCAAGUGAAGCGUUGGCGGAACUUUGGUUGUAGAUGCACAGAAAUAGGUCCAGAUGUGAUGAACUGGAGCGUUUUUAACACAGUACCUUUGGUUGCAGAAGUGGCCAAGAUAUGCAGGAGUUGAAGGCAUGCAGGGGAGAUGUGAAGAGGUUCCCUCGGAAAUAGUGUAUGGAAUUUAUGACCAAAAUGUAAUGAUUUCCCUCUCUGCCCAUGGUUUUGCAACCGUUGCAUUCCUACUUUAAGAUGUUGCCACAUUUAAUCUAUGAAGUUUUACAUGGCUCUUUAUUAGCCUAUUAUGCACAUACUGUUCAUAUACAUAAAGAAUAGCAUUUAUGGGCUGAGAUAUUUUGCAGUUCUCGUUGCUCAGAAUGAGAGAGAACAUUUUCUGCUUCUCGUAAUUUGCACUUUGUGUGUUGAAUAUAUAUUACUGCCAACAAUUAUAUUGCAGCUAACUGAUAAACCAGUGACCACGCAGAGGAGCGUGUGCAAUGUGUACAGGACCAAGCCAGAUAAUUGAAUGUGCAUUAUGCUUGUCUGGGUUGAGGUGUUCUGGUUUUCUGUGCAAAGGAAAAAGCAAUUAAACCUCCUGAUUGUAUGUUUAUGUAUAUCAGUGAAAUGAGACAUUUUAUGACUUCAAAGGUUCUAAAUAAAGCUCAGUUACGUAA